AUGAGUACCCAAUCGACUGAGAAGCUCCGUGCCAUUCCCCUGGGAGGGUUGGGGGAAAUCGGCAAGAACAUGCUGGCCCUUGAAUAUGGCGACGACAUCAUCAUCAUAGACUGCGGCGUCCAGUUCCCAGAGGAAGGGAUGCUGGGUGUGGACCUGAUCAUCCCUGACGUUUCCUACCUAAUUCCAACGGAGGUCUUCGCCCCGAGGCUGGCCCACGGUCUUAUUUCCGCCAAGCUCAAGGAGCGCCGCGCCACUCGGGAGUUCACGUCUACCCCCAUUGAUCCCGGUAUCCCCUACCAGUUCGGCCAGCACUUCGCAGCCCGGUGGUUCCGGGUAUGCCACAGCAUCCCCGACGCCAUGGGCAUCGCUGUAAGCACACCUCUGGGCACAGUGAUUCACACCGGAGAUUUCAAGAUCGACCAUACUCCGGUGGAUGGCCGGACAAUAGAUCUGACCGCCCUGGCUGGCUAUGGCGCAGAGGGAGUCCUGCUCCUGUUCUCCGACUCGACCUACGCUGAGGUUCCCGGGUACACCCCAUCGGAGCAGGUAGUUGGUGAGGCACUGGAUCGGGCGAUCAGGGAAGCACCCGGCCGGGUCAUGGUUGCCACCUUCGCCUCGCUGGUUUCCCGGGUACAGCAGGUAGUGGACGCGGCGGAGCGCCACGGGCGCAAGGUCAGCAUCGUGGGGCGCAGCAUGGUGGAGACGGUCAACGUAGCCUCCGAGCUGGGGUACCUGCGUUUGCCCGCCGGGAUCCUGGUGCCCCUGAACGCCACUCGCAACCUGCCUCCGGAACAGGUCGUCCUGAUGACCACGGGCAGCCAGGGCGAGCCCACUUCGGCAUUGGUGCGCAUCGCCAACGAGGACCAUCGCGACGUGAGCAUCAGGGAGGGUGACACCGUGGUGAUCAGCGCCACGCCGAUCCCAGGCAACGAGUUGCCGGUCAGCCGCACCAUCGACAAUCUGUUGCGGCAAGGUGCCCGCGUCCUCUACGACCGCAACGCAACUGUCCACGUUCACGGCCAUGCCAGCCAGGAGGAGCUCAAACUGGUACUCAACCUGGUCAAGCCCCGCUACUUCGUGCCAGUCCACGGAGAAUACCGGCACCUGAACGCCCACGCCCAACUGGCGUGGGAUCUCGGCGUUGCCCAGGACGGGAUAUUCGUCCUGGAGGAUGGCGACGUUCUGGAACUCGGCGCGGAAGGCGCGUCCACUGCGGACCGAAUAAAGGCGGGCCCGAUAUUCGUCGAUGGUGUCUCCCGACGGGACAACAAGAGCCAGGUGCUCACCCAGCGCCGCAGUCUUUCCCGCGACGGUGUGGUGGUGGUGGUAGUGGCGGUGGACCGCGAUAGCCGCUUACUGUCGGGGGAGCCCCUGACCGUUGCCAGCGGAUUCAUGGACGAGGGCGAAACCGGCGCACUGUUCAAGGAUCUGGGGUCUCCUGCCUUGGUUGCCGCCAGAUCGCGACCGGUAAGGAGGCGCCUGAUGGCCACCACCGCGAGGACCGCUCCGCCCACCUUCGCAGACAUGUUCCGCGCCAGUCCCUGGCUGUUCGUUGACGGACUUGUAGUCCUGUCAGCGGCAGUCAUCAGCGGCGCGUACCUGUAUUUCUACGAGAGCCACCGCGAGUGGCUUUGGCAGGCCAUGGGUUACGGGUGGGCUCCCGUCGGAUUGUGGGCAGCCUCGGCCCUCCUUGUGCUCCGCUACCAGCCCAGGAUCGUGGUGCACCACUGGCGCCUGUGGGCGGCGACCGCCGCUGCCGCUGCCCUGUGCCUUGCGGCAUUGUCUUAUGUCCAUCCUCCACGCGGCCUGCUGGAAAACGUCAGCCUGGCUGGCCGCUGGGGAGUGGUCGUCGGAGGCCCGUCCUUGCUCCCCCUGGGGCUGGCGAAAAUGGUGGGCAUUGUCGCGUUCGUGCCGCUGGUGCUCUAUCCCCGUUCCAUAGGCCCCCUUUACACCCAUGGCCUCUCCCACCUGUGGCGCUGGUUUCAAGUGGCAGCGGGGUACGCUUACCUUGGCGUUCGCAAGGUUACUCACGGAACCGGCCAGCAAAUUGGCCGACUGAACGAGAGGCUGGUUGCAGGCCGACAGGCGCGGGUCGCUGCACGGGCUCUGGACAAGGGGGAGCAGGGGAACGAGAACGGCUGGAAACUGCCGUCGCUCGAGCUGCUGGCCCCUCCGGAGCCAUUGGGGGCGACGCAGGAAGAAUUCAGAGAUAUGGCCAAGCACGUCGAGCAAGCUCUGGCAGAUCACGGGGUGCGAGUGGAGGUCACCGACAUCAAAGCGGGCCCUCGGGUGGUCCAGUUCGGCCUUUCGCCCGGCUGGGUUCCCAAGCGCGGCUCCAGCAAUGAAGACGGGUCGGAGCGCAGCCGAGUCAAGGUUCAGAGCAUAAUCACCCGCGAGAAAGACUUGGCGCUCGCCCUCAUGACCCCGUACCUUCGAGUAGAAGCUCCGGUGCCCGGCGCGGCGCUGGUGGGGCUGGAAGUGCCGGUGCCUUCGCCCACCAAGGUGCACCUUCGGGCAGUCCUGGAGACCGCCGAGUUUGCCAAGUUGAUGAGCAAGGGUGGCCUGCCCGUCGCCAUGGGGCAGGACACCGGAGGGGACCCAAUCGUCCUGGACCUGGCAGCCCUGCCGCACAUGCUCAUUGCCGGCUCCACCGGCAGUGGCAAGAGCGUGCAGAUCAACUCCAUCAUUGCCUCCUUCCUGCUGACCAAGACGCCGGACCAGCUGCGAAUCCUGAUGGUUGAUCCCAAGCGCGUCGAGCUCACCCCCUACAACGGCAUACCCCACCUCAUCCAGCCGGUGAUCGUAGAGCCGGAAGAGGUUACGGAAUCACUGCGGGGGCUCAGUCGCGAGAUGAUCAGGCGCUACAAGCAGAUGGAGGAGCUUGGCGUCAGGAACAUCGAGGUGUACAACGAGCGGUCAGAAGACAAGAUGCCCUUCCUGGUGCUGAUUGUGGAUGAGCUGGCCGACCUGAUGAUGGUGGCCGGAUUCGAGGUGGAACAGAACCUGGUGCGCCUUGCCCAGUUGGGCCGGGCAGCAGGCAUCCACCUGCUCCUGGCAACCCAACGCCCCUCCGUAAACGUGGUCACCGGUCUGCUCAAGGCCAACAUCCCCGCCCGCUGCGCCUUCGCCGUGUCGGGGCAGGUCGACUCGCGAGUAAUCCUUGACUCCGUAGGCGCCGAAAAGCUGAUGGGCAAGGGAGACGCGCUCGUCCUGCACAAGGAGUCCCCGAGGCCCGAAAGGAUGCAGGGCGCCCUGGUCUACGACGAAGAGGUUGAGGCCCUAGUGAAUUUCUGGGCUGAGCAGGAAGGCCCGCCGAUUCCGCCCAUCAGCCUGGAGCCCGGUGAGGACGAGGAGGGCAACGACACAAUGGACGUGCACCAGAUGGAAAAGGCCAGAGAUCUGGCAGCCCGCAACCCCAACCUGAGCACCUCCGUCCUCGAGCGGCGGCUGAAGGUGGGAGAAAAGGCGCGCCGAGGAGAUCCUGGAGACGCUGGAAGAGGAAGGCUACCUCGUGCCGAAUUAGACUGCAAAGCUCCCCAGGGUGCAGGCGCCGUCGUGGGGAACGCGGCCCUUUCCCGCCCUCAGGGAUCGGGUGGAAGCUGUCCCGCCGGAUUUCGCAAUCCAGAUUCCCGUGCUAUUAUUGUGCAUCCUUUUUGUUCCUCGGCUGUUGCUUUGCUCAUCGACCUUCACACCCACAGCUACCCCAUGUCCGACGACAGCUUCCUGAGCGCCGAUGAGCUUAUCGAGGGCGCCAAGGCGGCGGGUCUCGACGGCAUCUGCCUCACCGACCACGACGCAUUCUGGCCCACCGAAAGAGUUGCAGAGCUUUCGCGGCGCCACGAAUUCCUGGUGCUGGCAGGA